AUGUCAAUUAAUGUGUCCACUUGCGCACCUAUUAAUGGUGAACUGGAUGACUCUAUCAGUCUUGAUGAUGAUGGUACCAGAACUUGCUUGCCUGUUAUAUCAGAGGAUGAUGAUGACUCUAUCUGUCUUGGUAAUGGCACUGAGUCUUGCUUUUUAUACCAGAUGAUGUUGAUGACUCUGUUAGCCUUGAUGGGCUUUGGAGUUUGCUUGUUAUACCAAAUGUUGAUGAUGACUCAAUCUACCUUGAUAGUAAGGGAUCUGAAGCUUGCCUUUAUUCCAGAUGAUGAUUCUAUCAGUCUUGAUGUUACCGCAUCUGUAGUGAAAUCGUUAAAUAGCAAUGGAAUACUUGUCAUCAGUUUUGAAGUGGAAGAAAUGGACACUUAUCAAUGGCCAGUAAGGUUUGGAGUAAAUCCCCCUUUGGACGGCUUUAUCGCCAUAGUAGGAUCACCAAAUACUGCAAACUAUACGUCACAAAUAGUUCAAUCAUUGAAAAAGAAAUCAAUGGUCAACUCUUCACAGUUAUGGAUUUUUGGAUUAAAUGGUUUGGCAAAUUUGGGGAAUCUUCUAGAUGAUUUUGAAGAAGGAGAUCAAGUUCUUAUUGUCGGAAAUAACAUCUUCAACAGCUCUGAAUUUUUACAUCCUGAUCUAAAUGUGCUAUCAGUUUUGCAACUGUGGUCGUUACAUUCUAUAGGUAACGGAAACAUAACGUUUCAACUGAAAAUUUUAAAUGAAAGUUUUGAAAACUGCACAUUAGAGGAAGAACCACUAUUUGAUAAACCUUUUACGAAUUUUGGUGGAAGAAUUCUUAAAGUAUCUGCCUUAGGAAGCCCUCCCAUAAAAGAGCCACCAUUACCUGGAAAAAGAAAAUGGAGAGGAUACAUAUUUAGAGUCAUUAAUAUUCUUGGGGAUAUGUUCAAUUUCACUUAUGUAGUAAAGGAGGCUGAUAAUCGUGAUUAUGGUAUGCAGCAAGAAGAUGGUACAUGGACUGGGAUGAUUAGAGAGCUUAUUAGAAAGACAGUGGAUAUAGGAACAGGAGACAUUUCCUGGACUCUACAGAGGAAUCUAGCUGUCGAUCUUACCCAUCCAAUAUUUCCUGAAACCGUCAGUUUUAUAUACAGAGCACCUGCCUUCUACAGCAGAGCAUGGAUUCUUUUCCAAGACAUAGAUUUUAGAGUCUGGAUCAGCUUGUCCACAGUGAUGAUUGCAGGAUCUUGUGCAUACUGUUUCAUACUUUAUUUUGAGGCUACAUACAAAAAUAAGCAGAAUCGAUACCUAGAUAAAAAUGAAAUAUUCGUGAAUGCAGCUAUUCGUAGCAUCAGCUCUUUGUACAGAUCACUUCUUGGUCAAGCUAUAACGCGUAUGCCUCAGACAACAGCAGCUAGAACUAUUCUUGGGACGUGGCUUAUGGGAGCGUUGAUACUUAGUGCCCUCUAUGGAGGAAGUUUAACUUCAAGAUUAAGCUUGCAUAAAAGUCCAAGUCCAGCAGACAACCUACUGUCUCUCGUUAAACGAUAUCCCAAUGCCUUAUUGGCGCUAAGAAAUAAUUCUCAGGUUCAUUCAUAUUUUAAGGGAUCCGAUUAUUGGCGUAAACUGUGGCUAAAAAAUAUGAAGGAUAAUGUUAUCCCAGGAAAGUACCAUAUAGAAGAUACUAUGAAGAGAGUUCAUGAACACGAUGAAAGGACACCGAUAUAUGCAUGGAUAGCAGACAGAUCUAUGUUGGUGAAACAAAUGCAUAAGUACUCGGAUGAUAGUGUCAUAUGCGAUUUGUACGUUGCAAAAGAUGGGAUAGUCCGAUCUGACUGGUCCAUUGCUCUGGUUAAAAACAGUCCCUUUUUAAGGCAAUUUAAUGACAAAAUUAUUCGAAUGGAGCGAUUUGGAUUACUGCAAAAAUGGUAUAAAGACCAUUGGGAAUCUGCACAAGGAGAUUGUCGUCCCAGCGAUGGACUGAAUCCUACAGGACUCAAUUCUAUUUCUCUCACGGACACUCAAUCUAACUUCGUUGUUCUUGCACUCGGGUGGUGUACAAGUUUCUUGCUCCUUCUUAUAGAGCGAAUCGUCUACCAAUGGGAAAAUCAUAUCACAAGGAACGUUUUGCCCGUCAUAAGAUUCUAGGACUUAGUCACAGUAUUAUCAAUAUGAAAUGCUAUUAUUAGCUAAACCAACCGAUUAGUGUAUUAUAAUUAACCAGUUUUAAACUUAUUGCAUUAUUAAAAAAAAUUUAAAAAAUGAUGAGUAUGAAAUAAACAAAUAAGUUAAAGAAAUCUAAUUUAAAGGAAACUCUUUUUGAGCAUGCAAGUGACGAUUAUGUAAUAUAGUCAAAUACUAAGUGUCAUUGAUUCUAGAUUCUAUGUCACCGUCUUGUUUUGUACUGUCAUCAUAGCUACGUCUAAGGGCGGAUGAGGGAAAAAUUAGGACACAUAUCGCAAAGGCUUCAAGAACACGCAUAUAUUCAAACAAAAUUAGCUUCACUUACAGUUUAAGAAUGCACAGCUAACUAUUACCGAGUAACAUUUUUUUUU